AUCCCCAUUUCAAACAUUAUAUGUAUGGGAUUUUAUCAAAACUUCCAUGUUAGAAGUUUAAACCUGUUAAGAUUAUGAAUGACACACAAGUCGAUGCUUUGGUGUUGUCAUUUAAAAUCCGUCUUCGUUGAUAACUAAUUACCGCCCCUUGUCUUUUUGUAAUCAACGUGGAAUUCGCAAUAGGAAUGGUUUAGUUUCGGAUCAUGUGGUUCUUUAACUAGGGUUUUCGUAUUAGAUUUAUACCACAGAAGUUUGAUACUUAUAUUUUUCAUUUAAAUUAUACACUAUUGACAGAUAAUAAAUAUAUACAAACGUAAACGGCUUUGUAAACAUUGGAUUAACAACUUAAAUAUCCGUAUAUUUAAUUCAGAAAAACAUUGAAAGUGAGAUACCGCAACCCCCCGUUGCUAAUUGGAAAAGGUAUUAAGAGCCAUUACCUAUAAUCGAGUAUCUUAAUUCAUUGAAAUCGUUUUUAUUGGAAAUAUAACAUUAUUAUAUAUUUGAGGUGUACCAGAUUUUAAACAGCAGCCACGACGCAUACACUCGUUCAGUUCCACGAUGUCCUCCUAUCUUUUAGGGGACUCGUGGCCAAUUAGGCCAACCUGGUCAAAGUAUAUGAAAGAAUCGACUUACAGACAUGAUUUUGGGGCAGCAAAGAAUUCAGAUUUUACCAGGCCGUUUCCUCAAACAUAUUACAACACUGAGGAAAUGAACCAGAGGCUUUAUCAACCUCGCCCUCGAAGGGCCCGUGAUGACUCGAGAAUACCUAUGGAUCAAGGCAGAGGUUACAACGACCCCAGACAAGAAGGACCGUAUACCGACAGGGGUGGCUACUAUGACCGUCGAUAUCAAGAUGACCACCAUUAUAAUGACGGUGCAUACACAGAUCGACCGCGAUAUGAUAGACGUGAUGACAUGAAUGGACCAUCAGAUAGAGGGUACGAUAGACGACCAGAUGAUCGGGAGCGAGGUGCAUACACAGACAGAGGAGGUUAUGAAAGACGAGAUAUGAAUGGCCCAGACAGAAGAUUUGAAAGACCACCAGAAAGAGACGUUUCACCAGAUAGACGUAGAUUCAACGAUCAACCCUCUUCAUAUAAUGACGCACAGUUGCAGGAUAAGUAUGGCAAUAGAACAACACAGAAAGAUUACGGAGAUUUUUCACAGCGAACCAGAGGGCAAAUGGACAAACCAAAGCCAUAUAGAGGAGAGAUUGACAAAGAGAUGGAUUCUUUUCAUAAUAAGAUGCAGCAUACUAACGAUGCUAGCAGAUUAGUACCACGACUAAAAGAUGAUUUCGAUUACGAAUAUGACUUCAACGAUGUAGAUAUUCCAGAAUCGUCUAGGUUAAAGGGAUACUACCGUUUUAAGCAAAUUCCAUACCACAACAGAAUGCUUUUAAAUGACAAUUAUGAUAAAAUAAGCCCACCAGGCGCUGCUCAACAUAAAAAAGAUUAUAACAGAAUCGAAAUGCAUGAAGGCAAUUUCAAACCAUACGCUUCACAUGCUUACCACACACAUCUGACGAAUCGUAAUCCGACGCCUCGUGAUAUUGAACAGCCGGAAACCCCGGAUGUACCACGUGAUAAAGAUGGACGUUAUAUUGAUGAUAUAUAUCUCCGUCCUGAGGAGAAACAGGUCCGACACAGGAAUAUGGAAUUUGAAUAUGACACUCAACAACGACUGCCACUAAACAUUGCUCCACAGACUGACUACAAGUCAAAUAUCCAGCGACCUGCUCGUUCUGAAAGUGGAGCUUACCUGUUCAUCAGAACACAGAAGGAUGCAAUGUUUGAUAUUAAGAGAUCCUUCCAAAGACACAAGAGUAUUCUGAAGAUGUCUGGUCACUUGAAGGGAAUAGCAACUCCAGAUAAGAUAAGUGUAAUGGGAGAUUUCACAAACUGGCAUAUAAAGUCUCCAAUGAUAAGGAAAGGAGACUACUGGUAUGAGCAAACUGGAAGUAGAAACGAGGAAUAUGCAACAGACUACGUCAUAUUGUGUCUAUGGUUUCCAUCUGUGGAUCAGGCUAAAACAUGGGUUCAUUAUGAUGUUGACUUCAAGAUUUCCUCCUUCCCAGAACCAUACGGAGUGGAACUACUUAUUUUACCUAUAAAUUAUAUUCCUAUGAAUGAUAUUGAAUGCAGUACCUAUGUAAUGACAGAAUAUCCAGAAGUUAUGAAUAAACAAGCGUUGAAUAAAUAUGUAAAAGAACCAAUGGAAGACCUUCUUACAAAAGAUAGUAAAUACCAGAGAGGUGAACCGUUUGUUGUAUGGACUGACAGGAUAGUUAAUGAGAGAGGAAUGUGGACAACGUCACGAACAAUGGUGGCUGUUCAUAGAUUCAACUCAUUAAAUCAAGCCAGGGAAUUCUAUAACGAUCCUCGAAUAGAAAACAUGAGAAGGGAGUUGAAGGACAUUACAAAAGGAGGAAGACAUACAACUGUAAUGUUCCAGCUCGUUGACUUUGUCUAAACUCAGAUGGAAUAUCAGAACUCACUCAAAUUCAAUCAAAGUAUUGGCUGUGAUGAACUAGAGAUUCUGUGAUUAAACUGCAUAUAAUUUUGUUAAUAUGUCAUCUUAUUUAUUACUUUUUUAUCCAAAUACAUCUUGUUUUAACAAUUAAUCACUAAGCAUGAAAGCAAUUAGUUAUAUGUUUAUUUCGUAGUACAGCUGUGCCCUUUUGAAAUUUAUUUACAAAAGUUACAGAUUCAUGAAAAGAAUGGAACAGAUUUAGUGUAGAAGUCAUAUCCUUCAAAAAGAAGAAUCAAAUAAUGAAGUACUUGGACGAUAUUUUAAUUAUUCACUUCUAAUACUAUGUCACCUAUUUAACUCAAUUUUUAAUAUUAAGACAUUGUUUAAAACUUCUUUUCGAUGUAUCAAUUAAACAUAUAUGUUAUGCAAUUUUGAAUACUGUAAAUUCAGAAAUGAUUGCUUGCAUUUAUUAUUGCGAUUCUUCAAGAAUGGACAAAAAUGCAAGUUUUAUUAUUGCGAUUUCGAAAAAGAUUAAUGCAGGUCAAUAUUUUGGGAAUUUCAAUGCGGGUUCUUCUUAUUGCUACACUCACCCAAUCGAAUUUACUCGCAUUAAUAAAAACCUCGCAAUUAUUUCUGAAUUUACAGUACUACAAUUUGAGUCAAAUUUUGUAGAUAUUAUCAAAGACUUAGCUGACUAAAAUGUUUGGACUGUUUAUUUUUUAACUAUAUUAUAUCAUUUGGUCAUAUUUUCUGAUGAAGUAGUAGUUACAAAAUCACACGUGAAUUACCUUUCUUUUAUCACCAAGUCAGCUGCACUACUUUUAAUCUUAUUAUUCACCGCUGAGUAGUUUACUUUAUAUUGCACAACAAAACACUUCAUAAUGUUCUUUGUUAAAGCAUAGUAUGUAUAAGCGUCAUUGUUUUAUAUACCUGGGUUAUAAUUGUUCAGAAAAAGUUGUCAGUUUAUGUUUUAUUUAUAUAAUAAAGAAGAUAUUUUCAUU